AUGGAUCCGCCUGAAUUUCGUGGUGAGCCCGAUCCAAUGGUGGUAGAGGAUUGGAUGAAGCAAGUCAUAAAGAUCUUAGAUAUUAUCAGGGUGCAUAAGAAUGAGUUGAGGGUCUCUUUUGCUUCUUUCCAAUUCACUGGUGAUGCUGCUCAGUGGUGGAAGACAAUUAAGAACAUGCACAAUGUUGAGGUUAUGGAGUGGGGUACCUUCACUAAGUUUUUCCUUGACAAAUAUUUUCCAGAAGUUGCAAGGGACGCAAAAAGGGAUGAGUUUAUGUUUCUGAUACAGAGUAAUAUGACAGUGAACCAGUAUGAGGCGAGUUUCACGAGACUAUCACGAUUUGCACCAGAAGUGAUUGCUACAGAAGAGUAUAAGUGCAAGCGAUUUAAAAAGGGACUCAGGCUUGGUAUCAGGGAUAUGAUUAUACUACAGGAGCUGCGUAAUUAUUCGACAUUAGUUCAGAGGGUUAUGCUAGUUAAGGAAAGCUUGCGAGACACCAAUAGAAUUCUGGAGUCCAGGUAUCAGUCUAUGGCUUCUAGCUCACAGUUGGGAAGUUGCUCUAUGAAGAGGCAGAAGAAGGAUACUUCAUAUUCCCAAGGGCAGCAACAUAUAUAG